AGGUCAGUUAUUGUUUGGGCGUCGUAGUGAGUGGUGGUGUGUUGCUGGUGCUCCUACCCGCUCCUCACUGGGACUCCCAGCUCCUCCCCAUCCAUCCCCUCACCAGCCACCCCACACUUCAAAACCUCGUAACAUGAUCUGAAAUAUGAAGUGAAAAUCAUACAGUGACGCAACAAAGUAUUUAAUCGCACAAAAAAAUCUAUAGGGGAUUACAGUCGAAUUGAUAAAUCCUGCUGGAGUAACGCUAAGGGUGGUUUCAGGAAGGACUCCUCCAGGGAGUGGAUCGCUAAAGGACCUGCAGCAGCAGCAACUACACAGGGAUAAUGUGGGCUGGUGUAGAACGCUUCACUCUCAGGGUGUGUAUGCUGGCAGCGGCGGUGAGCGGCGCCUUUGCCAGCCUUCAGAUGGCCAAGAUCCGUCGUGAAGGAGGCAGUACAGUGACCUCGUCCACGCUGGCCUGGGUGGCUGGACACGGAAGUGAACUUCCACCACACGCUGUGGUUGUGACCGAAAACGACCCUGCCACAGUGUGGUGCAGGGCGGAGAAGCACAGUAACUGGAUGGCCGGAGCCAUGCACUCUGGCGUGUGCACUGUGCCCUUCCUAGGCAACGUCUUGCGUAUCGAGGACAACUUCGAAAUCCUCAUCUCCGUUAAUGGAUCAGCAAGAGUGAGGUACGAGAAUUGGGAUAGAUAUCUGGCGCCACCACAUAAUGCCGUGUCUGCAGACACGAAGCGUUUCUUAGCUGUGCGUGAAGGCGAAGAUGACUUUCCCCAAGCAGGUUUCCUGGCCCCUCACGAAAGACGCGCUCAUCUUGUGGCUGGAACCGCCGUGGAAAAAGUCGACGAAGCCAAUGUGCUUGUCGAAGACGAACCUGAACGCUACGACCUUCGAGCAAUAAGUAUGGAUACCAGCCGGAUCUCUAAAACACACGAGGACUCUGUCCUGGCUGAAGCCAUGCUACUGAAUCCAGGACCCUCACGCCAACGCGUUGUAGAAGACAGAGAAGUAGUGGUUCGGCAAAUGUCAUAUUGGGGCCUCAUCAAGGGUACCUAUACUGGUCUGUCUGCCCAUGUGGUCUCUCCCCCGCCAGAGGCCGAAGAAAGGGACCUUGUUUGGGGUGUGCGAAACGAGCUGGAUAGAGUAUAUCAAGAUCUUCUCGAAUACGAUUUGCCGCCAGGUACCGGCGUCAAGGUCAAGAUGAUUGGUACUGUCCGCAAAACUGAGGCUCAGUACGUCGGUACUUUGACCGCUGUUUACAAAGAUGGCAGCCAGACCUCCAGGGUGAUUCAGGGUCUUCACAUAGACGAGCGGUUGGUUUUGCUCAGGGCUCAGUACUCCCCGCCAUACUUCAUCCAUAACAACACACAACUUGACAUCCCCGAACAGACUUCAGUGCUUUACAAAUCCACCACCACAACAACCACUACCACCACAACCACUACCACAACUACCACCACCCCCGAGCCACCCAGGAUGUCCAUGGUAGGACCAGAGAAGCCCAAGAGUGAUUCACUGAGCACAACCUCUCAGCGGGAGGUGGUGGUUGGUUUUAACAGUAGUGCUAGGACCAUGUUCCCAACUCUGGCCCUUCUGGUGGCCCUGGCCCUGGCGACUCUUUCAGUUGCCUACCCUUGAGUUACAAGAUAAAGUCAGUGGCUCACAUCCUUGCUUUUCCAUCACUCUUGCUUCACAUGGAAAUUUAUUCUAAGUCAACCAAUAAUUACUUGAAGUAAUCACAAAGAACAUUCGGGUUUCUCUCAUAAUAUUUUUUUUAGAAGUGUAGAAAACAAGUACUUACAUCCUGAAAAUAAUAUAUAUAUAUAUAUAAAUGUUGUCGACAAAACCAUGUUAGUAAAGUAGAAACUAGAUGUGUAUUAUAUCUAAUGUUAACCACAGAACCUCUAGCCUUAUGUCCAACUUGGUGAGGCAGGAACGAGAUUUCAAGCCUAAGAAUAAACAGCUCCCUUUUUCCUCGUUCCUCUGACUGAAGAAUUCUUGAAAAUCGCGUCCUGGAAUCACGUCCUAGGGUUAAGUGUCGUGAAGUUACGCACACACACCCACAGGAUGUCAUGAGUGGCUAGUGUUCUGGCUGGGAGAGCGAACACAGGAACUCAAUAUUUCAUCCACCAUCUCAAUCCAGUCUGAUGUGAGAGCGGACUACGGGGGCGAUGAUCCCCUGAACCAUGCCCAGCCUUAAUACCAGCACCACACGCCGCCACUGACAGGAUGUGAAUCUUACUCCAUUACUAAUGCUGCUGCUGACGGAAAUGUUUAACAAUACUUUUAGCCCUCGUGGCGAAGACAAGUGCGUGCCUGUGUUAGAGUGUCUGAAUGCUGAGACAUGUACUCAUGUCAUCGUAAGUAAGGACGUGGAGUGAUCCCACGGUGUAGAUGUACAGCAAGAACAAUGUUGUGUUAAGAAGAGUGUGGCUGACUGUAAAUACCGAGUGUACAGCUCUUCCUGUAUAUUGCUUAUUUUCAACCACUAGUUACUGGCUUUCUUCUGUGUUUGUCUCCACACUCCUCGUUCAGUCUUUGUUGAAGGUGAAGCCUAUUUAUUUUCAUGCUCAUGGAAACGAGACAAGUCCAACUUCAAUGAAAAAAUCAUAAAGUCAGAAAUGACAUAUACUUUUUACUUUCACAACACACACACACACACACACACACACACACACACACACACACACGCAAAUCUUGUAUAAACAAAAAGUCUACUCCUCAAGGUGUGUAUUCAACAGUGUACUCAAGUUUUACUACCUUUCAAAGUGUCAGUUGGCUAAGUGUUGUACGUUUAGUGUUGUGUGUAGCCAGGAGAGGGUGUGAGACUCCGAGAUGAGUUCACACACCCACCCUGGACGAGUGUCAUGGACGGUGUAUGAUGCUCUUGAAGACUUUGUACCUGUCACUGUAAUAAAAACUGUGAAAUGUUA